UCCCAUUGUUUGUAAACAACCAUUCUGAUUGGGUAGUGUCAAUUUCGUACCACUUGCUAAAUAUUUUGCAUUUCAUCUUGGUAAGCAGUGACAUGUCAAGGUGUACAGCACACCCACAGGUCAUAACAAAGCACACAUGAAAACCUGGCUGGCAUCCAGAUGCUAAAGAAAGAGAAGAGCUAGAUGAGUCAAAGACCACAUAAGCAGGCAGAAGCCAGGAGGGCACAUGAAUCAAAGGAGAAAGAGCAAGGAACCUGUGGUACCAAUCAGAAAGUUAGAAGGCCGUAAGUUCCCAAAGGUAAGAUGAAGGGACACGGUUAGAACUGACAGGCAGUUAAAAACAAGAAAGGCACAGAUACCCAACUGGAAAGCAAGAAGGUAGACAGAGGUCAAGAAAUGGGAACUCCUCCAAAAAUAGAAAAUGGAGCCACACAGAAGGACAAGGUGGCAGCAAGAAAUAGGACCCACCAAGAGAAUUAGAAACCAGGAGGCAGUCUGGGCAGUCGGUGAGACUUCCAUGUGAAAGAGCUUCUGCCCCAGCCAGGAAGCUUUCUGGCUGCUUCCUGCCCAAGUGGAAACCUAUCUCCUAGUCUGGCCAGCCUACACCACGGCAGCUUGCUACACCUGGCAGUGCUGACCCACAGCUCUUACAGGAUGCUGCCUUUCCGUGUUCAACAGAUCCUGAUGAGGAAAACAGAGGGGAAGGAUACCUGCAAAAGAUUAUUCCCAGACCAACGAUGAAAGAAAAAGCUUUGACUGAGGGCUUGAAUGUGCUAGACACUAUGCCCGUAGUACUCUGAAGUCUCAGGACAUUGGCCCAUUUAAAUGUGCGUGGCCCAUGAGAAAGGUAUAUAAGAAGCCAUGGCACUCCCCUUUCAAAAAGAGCUGGAGAAAUACAAGAACAUUGAUGAAGAUGAGCUGCUUGGAAAACUCUCAGAAGAGGAACUGAAGCAGUUGGAAAAUGUUCUGGAUGACCUAGAUCCUGAGAGUGCAACGCUGCCUGCUGGAUUCCGACAGAAAGACCAGACACAGAAAGCAGCCACCGGCCCGUUUGACCGCGAGCACCUCCUCAUGUACCUGGAGAAGGAGGCUUUGGAACAGAAAGACAGGGAGGACUUUGUGCCCUUCACUGGAGAAAAAAAAGGGAGAGUCUUUAUACCCAAAGAAAAGCCUGUAGAAACGCGUAAAGAAGAAAAGGUGACCCUUGACCCGGAACUGGAAGAAGCUUUGGCCAGCGCCUCUGACACUGAACUCUACGAUCUCGCAGCUGUCCUUGGAGUACACAAUUUACUCAACAAUCCAAAGUUUGAUGAAGAAACAACCAACAGUAAAGGUGGCAAAGGGCCUGUAAGAAAUGUUGUCAAAGGUGAAAAGGUAAAGCCAAUAUUUGAGGAACCACCCAAUCCCACAAACGUGGAAGUAAGUCUGCAGCAGAUGAAAGCCAAUGAUCCCAGCCUGCAAGAAGUCAACCUCAAUAACAUUAAGAACAUUCCAAUUCCAACUCUGAAGGAAUUUGCAAAGGCUCUGGAGACCAACACUCAUGUAAAAAAGUUCAGCCUGGCUGCAACCCGCAGCAAUGACCCUGUGGCCAUCGCUUUUGCAGAUAUGCUGAAAGUAAAUAAGACCUUGAAAAGUCUAAACAUAGAAUCCAAUUUCAUCACGGGAACUGGGAUCCUGGCCCUGGUAGAGGCACUGAAAGAAAAUGACACCUUGACAGAGAUCAAGAUCGACAACCAGAGGCAGCAGUUGGGAACAGCUGUAGAGAUGGAAAUUGCUCAGAUGCUGGAGGAGAAUUCAAGAAUCCUCAAGUUCGGAUAUCAGUUUACCAAGCAAGGGCCACGAACAAGGGUGGCAGCUGCCAUCACAAAGAACAAUGACCUGGUUCGUAAGAAGAGAGUUGAAGGAGACCGAAGGUAAACUUCCUCAAGAGGAAACGAGGUUUCGCCACGUUGCGGCCGUUUAAAAACAAGCAAACAAAAACUCUUUUCCUUCUUCGUGGGGACCAUAUUAUCAAAGGUUGUUCAUUUCCGUUCACCACACAACUAAUAAUUUAAUUGUUGUUAUUUUUUAGCACUACUUAUUUAUCUUGGAUUUUUUUUAAUAUAUAUAAUUUUAUUUGCCCGUGGGUAUCUCUGGCAACUUGAUAUAUGGACUGAUGGGGAUCUUAGAGAAUGACAACAGUCGAAAAUGAUUUUAACCACUUUCAUAUUGGGUUUUCUUGCUUUCUUACAUAAACAUGUUUUUUUAAUUACUGAAAGGAAUUUAGUGUAUAAUAAUAUGUGUUUGUAACUGUGAUUAUGGUAGAGGCCUAUCUCUGUUUACAUGCAUAGCUUUGAGUUAGGCUAAAUACAUCAGAAGUGUUCUGACCACACAAGAAGUUAAUAUUGCCAAUCUUUCACUGGGUGAGAAAAUGUGACCAACUUAGCACAAAUUCUCCCUUAAUUCUAGAAAAAAAAUCACUAAAUGCACAUGCUCCACUGAUUGAAGAUCAGUAAUGUCAUCUUCAUUAAAGCAAGACAGCAUUAUGACACUUUGACACAGCAUUAGCAAACAAGUAUGAAAUACUUAUAAUAUUGACCCACUAAUACAGCUUCAAUCCAGACUCACAGGUGGCAAAAUAAAUGAGCACACCGACCUUUACUAACUAUUCAACAUAGAUCGAAUCUUUAACAUGAUUCCAAUGGAUAAGUAUUUACAAAGCAGUUUUUAAGUUUUUCAGAUGUGAUAGGAAAUUUUUAAAUUUUUAGUAAGAGUACAUUCCUAAAAAAAGAAUAAUCAUUGCACCUUAAUCAAGGUUGUUGAUACAAAUGAUUGCAUUAGUUUGGCAAAUUUUAGAAGCAUUUAUUGCUUUACCUUUCAUGUAACAAGAUCACAGGAUGAAAUAUGACCACUCAGUUUAAUUAUACAGAUGUUUGUCUGCAUGGCAUGAUCCAUCCAGACGUAUGCAAACAUCAGGAAAAAAUUUGAAUUAUCACUUAUCCAGAUGCUUUUCAUCUCAAAGACAAAGCCUGUGAAAAGUACAACUAAGAUGAUUGCAUUGUUGUAUGCAUUCAUCUUUUAAUGUAGCAGUGCAACAGUUCAAUGCUAAACUAAGGAAACAGGUGACUACAGCCUUUGGCUCAAGCUCACCAGUCUUUGAUAACUGUCAAUGCCCAAGGCUGUAAUUGGUGGUACUCUGACACUGCCUAAGGCAUCUCUCCCUCUUCUCUUUCCUUCUCCCCUCCCUUCCUUACAACUCUUUUUUUGUUCCUUCUAUUCUCUGUAAUUCUGAGCCUUAUAAUGGAGACAUCCCUGGUAUUGGUAACAGCUGGAGCUAAAGAGAUUGCUGACCCAGGCAGAAGGUGGGCCCAAUCCAGAAUUUGUUCAGCAACUGGAUGUUCCUGAGUUGUUUGGUAGCAAAAAAACAAGUUAAUGGGAAAAUAAUGAUUAUAUUAUUCCAUUUAGCUUGUAAAGCAUGUGGAAUCUGUUUUAGGAUAGCCCUUAUAAAAUUAUACCCCAUCACAAUGGAUAGUAAGGGAUUCAUUACACCCCUGAUCAUGGAAGGAGCUACCACUUAAACACUUUGGGCAGAUGUGGAGAUGAAGCCCUACGCUAAUUAAAUGAUUUCUAAGCUCCCCAAAAUGUAUACAGGACAUUUACCUGUAUUAUAAGUACCCAUAUCUGUGUCUCUAAAGUCCUUUGAAACAUCUCAUUUUCUUGGGAAUUUUUUUACACUUCUGAGGACACCUUUUUAAGCAGAACCUUUUGACACUGCUGGAACUCUAAAAAUCCUUUAGUUUAUUACUACAUCUCCUUAUCUAUCUAAAAAGCAUAGUAAAAUAGGAUAGUUUUCAGUCUGAUUUCUCCUUUCCUCUCACCCAUUUAUGUGUGGGGGGUGUUGGAGCCGACUUGUAUAGGCUUGCCGAUUAUCAGAUUUUUCAAGAAUUUUUGCAAACUGGUUGCUCAACACAGCCAUUAUUAAAAAUUAAAUGGAGCUGGGCAUGUGUCCAGGUCAUCAUCUGCACCUGUAAUCCCAGCUACUCAAGGGGCUGAGGCAGGAGGAUCAUUUGAACCCAAGAGUUUAAAACCAGCCUGGGCAACAUAGCAAGAAACUGUGUCUAAAAAAAAAUUUUUUUAAUGAUAUGUACUUACAGUUAAUUAUAUUAAGGACAUAAGUAAUAAAUGCUACACUCAAAAAUACUACAUUUUACUGUCUUCGAUGCUGUUGAGAUUAUUUACAUCUAUUGUGUUAUGUAUGAUGGAAACACGCCUAAUAGUGUGCUACUGCACAUCUCUUCCCAGCCCCGUGUUCAUUAACUUCUUGUUAGUAGCUUGAAAUUGGCCAUGGUGGGAGUUUUUAUGCCCCAGAAAUUAGCAGUAUGUUAGAAAUUGGGGAUUUAACCCCCUCUAGAUUGCUGGCUGACAGACAUUUAUCAGCACACCACUGGGCGAAAUUAUAAAAUCCUUUUUUUCAUAUACGUAUGUUUUGGUCACCAUGUUGCCAAAGGAAAGAACAUUUCUCUUAGGUGUCUUCUCUCCUCUUUGGAUUUGUUACAAACUCAUUUAAGCGCUGAUUCUCUGACCUGCCUGUCUAUGUAAGCCUUUUUCCUUUCUUUUCUCAUUUACUCUCUUUUUUGCCUUCACCCUUAAGAAAUCUUGCAAGAGUGUUCCCUGCACAUCCAAAGUUCUGUGGACUGGGGCGGGAGGUGGGGGUGGGGGUAAAGCAGUUGUUGACAAACCCUAGCAGAAAGCAAAAAAAAAAAAUCAGAAUUUGAUCAUGGUUGUUUCUUCUGUAUAAGCAGUGGUGGAUAGUAUUAAAGCAAGAAAAUGGGACAUUAUCGAGAAUGCAGCACUAUUUUUAGCUUGUAAAACAGUUGAAUCAUGUGUGCUAGUCUGUGAAAUCAAAUGUUUAUUACUAAUCAGUUUUAUUAUUACCUGUGUUUUUAAGGUAGCUUAACAGAUGACAUUUCUGUGACUAUUCAUAUGUUGAAGAUAACUAUUAGAAGAUAAACAUACAUUUUGGGGAGUCUAGCAAUCAUUUAAUUAGUCUAGGGCUUCAUCUCAUGUCUGCCCAAAGUGUUUAACUGGUAGCUCCUUCAUGAUCAUGGGCGCAAUGAUGGGGCAUAAUGUAUAUAAAAUAUUUAUAUAUGUCUGUGUUUAGCCAGAUAUGUUGAGAUAUUUGGCAAUGUCUGCACAAUUGAUUGAAGGGAGACAACCCCUCCUCAGGGUCAUUUUCCUUCCCCUUUUAGAGUUGUGCAUGUCCACGUGGAGUGUAAAAUCACUCACCUGGACCUGCGAACUCAUACCAUCAACACCUAUCACAGCAUAUGUGGAAGAUGACUUUUAGGAGAUAAAUUUUAGAAGUCUAGAAAUCAUGCGAUUAGGCCAGCACUACAUCUCCCCAUCUGCCUCAAGUAUCAUCCUCAUCAGCAUCAUUAAAUCCCUUACUUUCUUUCAUCUUUGGAGAGCAUAAUGUAAAUAAGUGUGUGUGUGUGUGUGUGUGUGUGUGUGUGUGUGUGUGUGUGUGUGUGUGUGUGUUGUCAAAUAUCUAACUGGGUAUUUGGCUACAUCUGGACAACUGAUUGAAGGGAGAUGUUCUCUCCCCAGCCCCACUUCCCUUGUCCUUUUUAAGAGUUGCUGCAGGCCCAGGUUAAGUAUGAGAUUACUCCCUGGAGUUUACAGUUUACAUCACCAGCCACCACAUUUCAUAGCUGUGUGGAGGACGACUCUAAGGGAAUAAAUAUUAGAAGCCUAGAAAUCAUUUAAUUGUUCCAGCACCAAAUCUGUCCAUCUGCCUAAAACGUAUAACACUGUAUCUUCAUCAACAUGACUAAGCCCCUUCCUUCCAUCUUUGUAGGGCACAUUGUAUAUAAAUAUUUUGUUCAUAAAGAUCAACAAAUACUAUAAUGAGGUAUUUGUCUACAUCUGGACAACUGAUUGAAAGGAGGCGUUCUCUCCCAGCCCGGCUUCCCUUGCCCUUGUCCAAGUUGUUGCAGGCCCAGGUUAGAUAAUCACUAGCCUGGAAGGGCACACAGCUCAUCUUACAGUAAAAGCCCAUCUCCAUUUAAAAACUCAGAUAUCAUCCCAGUGCCUGUACUCCUCUAAGCAAUUUCCCUAAGAGAAGACUGGCACACCAGCCCCAAAGAACAGCUGCCUCUCUUCCAAUGGCAACACGGCCCCUGACAGGCCACCAGCGAUAGGGAAACCAGUGUCCUUUGAGUAACUGCCAAGAGAACAUUUCAGAUACUCAAACUGAAAACCCUUAAAACCAGUGUUGAGCAUCAGCAUGCUUUAAAUUUAAGAUAGCCCUUGGGAAUCUACAAAAGCGUUUGCAGAUAUUUCUCUUUUCAUGGAUAUGAUGCACGCGGUCCUCUCCUAGGCACUGGGAAGGAGACAGAGAAGUAUAAGAAUUCUAGAUUAAUAUAAUCAUGUAUGUGUUUCUGGGUUUGGAGAGGAGAUUGAGUGCCUUUUUGCAAAGAAGAUGCCAUCUUUAGUUCAAAUAUUUAUAGCAUCAGCAAAAAAUGGGAAGUUGAGAACCCUGGGUUCUGUGGUGGUAUGUACUAGGUAGAACUGUUUCUGGAGUCAGGUUUUAAAUCAUGAUCCUGAAGCUUCCUUCCCUUCUUCCACUAAUGAUGCCAUAAUAGCUGUUUUCAUUUUAAUGAGCAGAGAAAUAAGAGGAGAUGUCCUAGCUCUGCCUUCUAUUAGCAAAUUCCCUUUACCUCCCUUUAUUGCUCCUCACUUCCAAUAUCCCUUCUACUCCCCCCAUCCUCAAAGACAAAGGACUGAGACCCACACAAAGGAAGGGUGAGGAAGUACUUGGAAGCGUCGAGCUGAUCCUACUGUGUGAAAAUCACACAAUCAGGCCUCCUGAAACACUGGCCGGAGAAAAGUGCCCAGAAACUGAAGGAUAUAUUCACUGUUUUCUUGCUCCCCAACUCUAGAUCAGAUUGGGCUUUACUUUGUGUUCAGGAGUUUAGUAAAGUGCAGGGGCUGACUGAGGUGGAGAAGGAGGAUGGAAAUUAAAGGUUUAAAUUUGUUUCAUGGCAGAACUCAGCUCGGCUGAGCUUACCUCCUUCCCAUAUGCCUGUAACAGCAAUGGCUGAAUAAUUGCUAGAUGGAGGAGGAGUUGCCAGUUUUAAAUUUGUGACCUGACUCUGAAUACAGGAACAGCACAUGUACCAGAGAUUAUGCCAGUUGGGAUACGUUGUUGACUUUGGGGAGGAAGAGGGAGAGAGCUGCAAACAUAGAAAUAGAAAAGAGUAAUUAACCUACCAGACUUUUCUCUGAUAUCUUCCAUGGCAGUUAUUCUGAGCACAUUGGCUCAACCAGUUGGUAUGGUGAAAGGGCACCAUACUAACAGAUUUGGAGACCGAAUCCUAAUCCCAUCACCAACACUUAGCAGGUAUACGAUCAUGGGCAAUUCAUUCAAUUGCCUACCAAUUAUAGACUCUUUAGGGGGAAGAGCACUGGAUUUGGAGUCAAGAAACUUGGCCACUUGGCUCCAUGCUUUCUUAGCUGGGUAACUUUGGGCAAGCCACUUGGUCUCUCAAGCCUAAGGUUCUGUAACUAUAAAAUGGGAAUAUCUUCACUAACUACCUCACAGAGUUGUGGUGAGAAUAUAAUCACAUAAUUGGAUGAACAUACUACAUAAACUGGAAAGUGCUAUCAAAAGUGGGAGAUCAUUUUUAUUAACAAUUCACUGUUUUCACUGCCUCUUGUAUUUGUUUUAUUCUGACCAACAAUGACAUCUUCUACAUCUUUUGGAGUAUGGGAAAUCGAGGCGUGGGUGGGUUGUAGAGGACUGGAAUUAUUUCACUGUCCACAUAGAGGUGGAAGAGAUGGUUGAUGGUGGGGGGGCAGUGGGUGUUAGAUACCAGUGAUGUGUAUGGUGGGGCAUUUUCUUGGGUCACUGUGAUGGUACCUUGGGAAAUGGUCAGAAUGCUUGCAGAUGGCCUAAGGCCGGACACACAGGGAAAGCAAACAGGAAGAAUUGAGAGGAGGGUCUGAGGCACUACUGCCCUCCUGUCAGUGCUGGAAUUUUCCUGCCUAGCUAGCAGCUGUGGAACAUUCACUAGCUCUGAAUGGGGAGAAAGUACCACCUGUUGUGAGAUCAGUUCUCCAGGGCAGCAGCUGCCUUGUUAUCACCAGCAACCUUGGCCCUGGUCAGUAUUAUCUCUGCUAUGAAAGGUAUUGAAAUACAGCCUCACAGGACUCAUAAGCACUUGGAGGCAAGCUUCAUCAGUCUUUGUAUCUUUAAUGCCAUCUAGUAUGGUGCCUUGUACAUAGUAGGUGCUUAAUAAAUGUUGUCCUCUAGCCCCAUAAGAGUUAUGCUUUCUCUUUGCCAUCAUGUACUAUUUGGGGGAAACAAUACUGAUUUGGAUGCCAGCUGUCUGUGACUUUGGGCAAAACUCUUCAUCUAUCUUGUCUUCGUUUCAUCUGUAAAAUGAAGUGAAUGGCUUAGAUGUUCCCUGAGGUCCCUUCCCACUCCAAAACUUCAGGAGCCUGUGAUUCUAAGUCAUUUCCAUUGCCUCUGGACGUGGCAAGUGACACCUCCCUGCAGCUCCGUUUCUCUCCAGCGGGCUCUGUUCAGAGGAAGAGAUCUGAAUAUUCCACAGACAGUUAUUUGUUCUUCUACAGCAGUUUCUACUGUCUGCAGAAUAGUUGUGGAUAGUAGCUCUUUCUGAGAGGAUAUUCUAAAAUAUAUUUUUCUCCUCUGAAUCAGUAGGGAAAGAGAGGAGGGAAUACAAAGAAGGAAACUAAGCACAGUAAAUAGCAUGUUUUUCAUAGCCUUUUAUUUAAGAUUUCUGUGUGUUUGUUUCUGAGCACAUGUUGACUGGGUAACAGAGAAUCAGAAGUGUAUUGUACAAUUGAGAGAAGCUGGCCCAGGAUUUAAAACUCCCUAUGGAUAAUCUAAAAUAUGGGCAGAUAGGAAUUGGCCGUGUGGUGAAAUGAGAUGGAUAGAAACUGUACUUUUUGAGGAAAUUUUAUUUUAGUACCAGAUGUUGCCAGUGACAAUCUUUAGUUAAGAAAGAAGUUAUCCUGACCUAAAAUUCUUAUCUCUGCCACUUUGGUUUCAAAAAAUAAAACCUUAUACACAUGAAAUAAUUAUUUUAAUUAAGCCUUUAUUUUAAUUCUGUUUCAUCUAUUGAAGGAAAAUGAAUAAGCAGCAUUUUUCAUUGCAUUAAAAAAUGUAAAAUACUUGCAUGCGACUAAUCUGUAACCUUUUACCAGUUCAGAUGCCUGUAAUGUGUGCCCUUAUGUGUACCUGUAUUGUUUUGAACAGAACAAAGGAAAUAAUACUUUUGUAAACUUGUUAAGCUCUUAUUGGUAACCUUUAUUUGGCUAAAUAGUUAUGGGAAAAAUAUAGUUUCAUAUUUCAUUUGAAACUUUUCAAUCAAAAGUAGACUAUUAUAUUCAUUAGAGAAUUAAAAGCUAAUUUGCCUUUUAAAUGUGAAGUUGAACAUUGUGUAGAAAGUAAAUGUGUGAUAAAGCAAAAUGUAUGAGGUGUGAAAUACUUUUAUCCUGAUAAUUAUCAAGGACCCAGUUGGCCCAAAUAGGUGCAAUUUUUGAUCCUUUGAAAUUAGCCAGCCACACCCAAUGCUAAGGUAAAUGUAAACUAUUUUAAUUAAUUAAUAUCUUUCUGCUUCAAAGAUGUAAUGUAUCCAUUUGUGUCUGGAAUGAUAUCUCCAAAUGACAAUGUAAAGAAUAUUGGGAAUUAAUAAACUUUCCUUUCAAAGUAAAAG